CUCACUGGUGCUCUGACACACACAAACACAUGCAGAGAUACACACAACCUCUCUCUCUCACACACACACACACAGGCACACACACUCAGACAUACUGCAAACUCUCAACAGGAAACUCUGAGCCAUAAUGCGAAGGCACCUCAGAGCAGACGGGUGCAUUGCUCAAACCAAGUGGGAUACGGUGCGGCUUUGAUAGUGCGUUAAUUACUCAUGUGAUGUGAUACAGAUGUCUGGGGGCUUCAGCCGAAAGUUUGCCUGACAGUUUCCAAGGGGGCCAGGCAGACAUUUUAGAAGCGUGAUAUAUUGGGACAGUAUUUCAAUCAGUGAAAUCAAAGCACCCAAUGUGUUCCAUAAUGGAUACCCCAGCUGUGCAUGUGUUGGUGCUAAUGGCCUGUAUGACAGCCAGCGGAAUGUGCCAGAUAAACAGUGCUGAAGCGGAGAAGGGCUCUCUCGUCCAGUCUACAGGUCUCUACAGCACCAUCAGUCCAAGCACAGGGCCCAGCGUCCACCUGGGGGCCUCAGGGGCUGAUGCACAAGCUGUGGUGUCUGGUUCUUCAAAUGAAACUGUCGUAAAGAGGCUGAUACCACCUCCAAUGUGCUUGCAAAUGACUUCUAUUAAUGACUAUUUUAAGUACAUCAACACUACAAUUUCAGUUAUAGUGUUUGUGGUUGGCCUGGUUGGCAACGCCACUCUCCUGAGGAUUAUAUACCGAAAUAAGUGCAUGAGGAACGGCCCCAAUGCCCUGAUUGCCAGCCUGGCUCUGGGUGACCUUAUCUACAUUUUCGUUGAUAUACCCAUCACUGCAUACAAGCUCCUGGCGUCACGCUUUCCAUUUAGUGAGAGUUCUUUUGGCCUGUGUCUGUGUAAGUUUGUGCCCUUCGUGCAGAAAGCCUCUGUGGGCAUCACUGUUCUCACCCUGUGUGCCCUCAGUGUGGACAGAUACAGGGCUGUGGCAUCCUGGAGCAGAGUGCAGGGAGUGGGUAUUCCUCUGUUCACAGUCAUUGAGAUAGUGUCUAUUUGGGUGCUGUCACUCAUCCUGGCAGUACCUGAGGCCGUUGGCUUCGACAUAAUCACCUUCAGCUACAGGAACGAAACCAUGCGCACAUGCAUGCUUAGCCCUAAAUCUAACUUCAUGAUGUUCUACAAGGAUGCAAAGGACUGGUGGCUGUUUGGCUUCUACUUUUGUGUGCCACUGGCCUGCACCGGUUUCUUUUACACUCUGAUGACCAGCGAGAUGCUCAACCACAGGAACGGCAGCCUUCGGAUAGCUCUCAGUGAGCACCUCAAACAGAGGAGAGAGGUGGCCAAAGCUGUCUUCUGCCUCGUCCUCAUCUUUGCUCUCUGCUGGUUCCCACUGCACCUCAGCAGGAUCCUUAAGAAGAUGGUUUAUCACUCAAAUGAUAGUUCUCGCUGUGAGCUGCUCAGUUUCCUGUUGGUCCUGAAUUACCUUGGUAUGAACCUUGCAACAUUCAACUCCUGCAUAAACCCUAUUAUCCUCUACUUCGUCAGCAAGAAGUUCAAAAACUGCUUUAAGUCAUGUUUGUGCUGCUGGUGCUACUCUGACAACCAACUGAGCAGCAUUGGACCCAUGAAUGGUACCAGUAUCCAAUGUAAAAGCCCUGAGCCAAACAACGUGUACACUGACCGCAGCAUGAGGAAGUACAGUAACUGAUAGGCUCACCUGCGGACUAUUUCAAAGCUUUUCAAUAUCCCCAGCAAGCUUUCAAAAUGCAACCAAUGCUCACCCUAAAAUAUAUACAGCACAUCAAAAAGUACUUUUUCAGACAGCAAAUGCACAUCCUAAGGACCUGAAGCAACGUAUGCAGCAUACCCAGCAGGGAUGCAUUAGGAACUGGAGUUAAAAUGAACAAACAAUGGAUUUGAUAUACAAUGCUCUGAAGUUGCCUGAGCCUCUCAGUGGGCUAAACAUCCUAAGACUCCUUGUACUCCCACACCCACGGACAGUGACGCUGUAGUGUGAGAGAAGAAGGGGGAGCGCAGGAUGUCAAGCAGACAGACUCUUUAACAGGAUGGAGCUGAGUGGUGACUAUAAAUUUAGAUUUUUAUGUAAAUUUUUGGAUGGAUGGAGCUACAGGACUUUGAUACGGGGGACUGCUGUUCAUUUCUCAUCUGAAUCCAUCAGUCAACAUUGCUUCUUUUAUCCAUUAUUGUUCCACAACCUUAACCACAUGUUUAUUAAUAUAACCACGAGGACAAAGGCCCUCUAAGCUUCCGGAAGUACUUAUUUUAAGCCAUGAUCUUUUCCUGAACGUAACCAGGUAGUUUUUGUUAGUUUUCUUUACUGCAUGUUUAUUAUUGUGACCAUGAGGAUGUAGGUCCAGUACACUUUCUGUUAUAGGGGUGCUGUUUCAGGAGAUGUUCAUAUAGGUCAUAUUAGAGGGUAGGGACAAACAGCCUAUAUGGUUGUCAUGUCCAGUGUGAAAAUAUGCCAAAAUAAACUGGCACAAAAUCAAGUACAGAAUUGUAGGAUUUAGAGCAGAUAAGGUACAACUCUGUAUUAUUAUAGCACAUGUCAAAGAAAUGCUAAAUAUGAAGUAACGCAUUAUGACAGGUCUGAUAUCACCAUUCACUAAAAUUGGACAGGAAUGAGCUUUUUCUACACUGUGAAUUUGACUUUACAUAAUCAACAAUAAUUAUGCAUGUAUUAUCCAUGGAAUAUAUAUAUGUUUAGUGUCCACUUUUAUAAAGUGUUAUAUUGCAGUAUUUUACUCAGACAACAUUACCUGUGUAUUAAGAGAGGCAGAGGAGUUUCUAAUUGUGGUGGACUUCAAAUAUUAAAGGAAUAGUUUGUUAUUUUAGGAAAUACAAUUAUUCACUUUCUUGCUGAGAACUUGUUGAGAAGAUACCACUCUGGUGUCUGUACCUUAAAUUUGAAGCCACGGCCAGCAGCAAGUUAGCUUAGCUUAGCAUAAAGACUGACAAAGGGAAACUGCUAGCCUGGCUCUGUCCAAAGGUUACAAAAGCUGCUUUAAUCCAUGCCACCUCCUGGGUGAGCUAAGUUAACCAGCUGCUGGCUGUAGCUUUGUAUUGAACACAAAGAGGAAGAGUAAUAGAAGUCUUCUCAACUAAAUUCCAGAAAGAAAGCAUCAACAGGUAUUUCCCAAAAAUUAUAUUAAGUAUUUUUUAAAUGUGGGAAUCAUAUUCAGCUACCAAACAACUAUACUGCCUUAUACUGUUUAACAUGUGAAUAUAUGUAAACCUGUGUGUGUUUGAAUGUGUAUUGGUGUGUGUGUGUGUAUAUAUGUGCAUGUUUGUGAACGUGCGUAUGUGCUGUGUGUAUCAUUACUUGCACUUCUUUAGUCAGGGUGUUUUGCACACUUGUGUACAGAAGACCGAGUGAUCUGUACGGUAUUAUUUUACCACUAUUCAUCAACAUACAUAUAUAAUCUGUAGAAAAUAGAAUUUGUACGUGUUUGUUGUCAUUGAUUUAACAUGUUAACCUCAUGUUAGUGCUGCUGCUUAUACCAAUAAAUCAAUUUCCAUCUCCA